AUGGCUCAGUUGAAGCAAAAACAACUGCAAUCUGGUUUCGAACUAUUUAGGAAGUUUGCAAAAAUUGUGGAUGCAGAAGGAAAGUGGGACAUCACUGUGGGAGGGGUCAUGAAUUUAAUGGGUCGCGGUCGCCUCAUUGAAGGGUAUGCAACUCAAAAUGUAUCCACAGACAGAAGAUAUGACUUGUAA